UGAGCCGUUUGUUAUCCAGUGGUUGGAUGAAAAUGAAGAUGUAGCGAUGGAUUUCCUCAACGGAGCUCUAGAGAGAGAUAAAAAAGAUGGGUUCCAGCAGAUGUCAGAACAUGCUCUCUUCUCCUGCUCGGUGGUGGAUGUGUUCACGCAGCUCAACCAAAGCUUUGAGAUCAUUAAGAAGCUGGAGUGUCCAAACCCUCAAGCUCUCGCUCACUUCAUGCGCAGGUUUGCAAAGACCAUAAAUAAAGUUCUUCUCCAGUAUGCUGUGAUCAUCUCUAAAGACUUCAACAACCAUCUGAGCAAAGAGAAAGUGUCCUGCAUCCUCUUGAACAACAUCCAGCAGCUCCGAGUUCAGCUGGAGAAGAUGUUCGAGUCCAUGGGAGGAAAACAGGAGGAAGGGACUGUGGUCUUCUGCAAGCUGGACGCGGAGGCCAGCAAUCUGCUGAAAGAGCUGCAGAAUAAACUCAAUACGGUGCUGGACGAGCUCAGCGGCGUCUUCGGCUCCAGUUUCAAGCCGGUCAUUGAGGACUGUGUCAAACAAAUGAACCAGGAGCUGAUGCAGAUGAAGGGAAGCGCAGGGAACAAGAGUAACGCAGCCAUGGACGCAGAGACCGUCCUGAGACCCCUCAUGGACCUGCUGGACAAGAACCUAAUUCUGUUUGCCAAGAUCUGUGAGAAGACGGUUCUCAAACGGGUCCUUAAGGAGCUGUGGAAGAUAGUGCUCAACACCAUCGAACAACAAAUUGUUCUUCCACCUCUCUCAGACCAGACACAAGGGGCUCAGAUGAUUUUCAGCGCUGCCAAGGACCUCGGCCAGCUCUCCAAACUCAAGGAGCAUGUGAUCCGGGAGGAAGCUCGCAGUCUGAGCCCUCGACAAUGUGCCGCCAUGGAUUUAGUGCUUCCCACCAUCAAGCAAUAUUUCCAUGCGGGUGGAAACGGUCUCAAGAAAACCUUCCUGGAGAAGAGCCCCGAUCUCAAGUCCUUGAAAUACGCCCUCAGCCUUUACACUCAACCCACAGAUGCCUUGAUCAAGAAAUAUAUAUGCACCCAAACCUCUCAAGGUCAGUCCACGUCUGGAUCCAUCGGGGAGGUCGCCAUCCAGGUGGACCUGAUCUCACACCCCGGCACUGGAGAGCACAAAGUCAGCGUCAAAGUUGUGGGUGUGAACAAUAUCAACUGGCAGACGAAUGCCAUGUUUCGGCCUUUCGUGGAGGUCAAUGCCAUUGGCCCGCACCUGGCUGACAAGAAACGCAAGUUUAGCACCAAAACCAAGAAUAACAACUGGUCUCCAAAAUUCAACGAAACAUUCCAGUACGUGCUGAGUAAUGAACACGGCCCAGAGGCCUACGAGCUUCACAUCUCCGUGAAGGACUACUGCUUCGCCCGAGAGGACCGAAUCAUCGGCAUGACAGUCCUGCAGCUCAGAGAACUGGCCGAGAAGGGCAGCUUGAACGCCUGCUAUCCGCUCGCCAGGAGCGUAACCAUGGACGAAACCGGCCUGACCAUCUUGAGAAUACUCUCGCAAAGGACCAACGACGAAGUGGCCAAAGAGUUCGUACGUCUCAAAUCAGACACGCGGUCGGCCGAGGAAGUGUCGUAGAGAAGCACGGUUGUGUUUGUUUUCGUGCAUGUGUGUAAAACAUCUGUUGGAAUGUUCAUUUUAAACUACAAGUACGUACAAAAGUGUUUACCUACCGUAUGCUCUCUAUCAAAUAUUAUAUUCUACGAAGUUAUGUUCAAGAGACAGUUUUGUAUGACGAUUAGUCUUUUUGAACAGAUACCGUAUUUGUUCAGAUAAAGUGCCAAACCUGAUGCGUUUAAAAAAAUACAAACAAAAAAAAACACAAUAGACUAAAUACAAAUGCAUAUGAAUUAUUGGUGAAGUUGGUAUCUUUCUAAAUUUGCUUGAUUAUUUUGUCCGGUGUGUAUCAUCCCUUUUUAAGUGUGUAGCGGUUUUGUUUGUCUUCAUUCUUGCACCGUUUUUGUUCGUUUCGUUUUUCACGUUUUUAACACACGGCACUGGUGGUGCAUGUCUCGUUUUCUUGGUGACGUCUCUCUCCCAUGUGUUCGCAGUGACUGUGGGCAUCAGCUCGGACCCGCUCCCCUCCAACGUUUUGUAUUCGAGUCCACUUUAAAAAGAGACCAUUUUUUAAAAUGGCGAUGACUGCUACGAAUCUCUUCGUGAGAUAAGUGUUUGUAAUUUUAUAGUCGUUGACAACAAUGAAAACCACCUCGAGUGCUGCCAGUCCAGGCAGGAGGGGUGGGAUACUCUUUUCGUUUGUUUUUCGUAGGUUUAGUGGCUUUACGUUUCCUUUUUUACCAUAGGCUUUCAGCCUUUCUGAAUUAUCACUGUGAACAUGGGCUGUGAAAGGCAAGCUUACAUCACAUUUGUUGACUGUUUGAUAUCAUCUUUUUAUUUUUUCAAACAACUUUGAUUCUAAAAAAAA